UCGAAGAUAAUAAAAAUGUUUUCGGCCUCCCUUAAAAACUUGGGCGAUAAGACCGCCAGUCUCUUCAGCAAGAAGAAGGAUGAAGCCGAAAAAUUGGCCAAAGAAAAGGCUGAGAACGCACAAAAAUUGGCUGAGGAACAGGCCAAGAAAGUAGGUGAAGCUGUACAGCAAACCAAGAGCGAAGCUGAGAAUUUGGCAGCCAGUACUGCCAAGGAAGCAGCUGGUUUAGCCGCCCAAGAAGCUCAAAAAGCUGGUCAAGCCAUCGAUGCUGGUGUUAACCAAGCUGCUGCCGCUGUAGACAAUACCAAGAAUGCCGUCAACAAUACCGUGCAACAAGUCAAUACUGUAGCCGCCAAUUCCAAACAAGUUGCUGCUAACAUCGCUGAUGCUUCACAAAAGGCCGCUGCCAAUGCUGUCGAUCAAACCAAAAAGGCUGCCAACGAGGCCAUCAACAAAUCCGUCAAGGCUGCCGAACAAGUAGUGGACGCUAAAAUGAAGGAAGCCGAAAAUGCCGUCGAUGGUGUUAUGAAAACUACCAGCCAAGCUGUUGAUCAAAAAAUGCAUGAAGCCAAUCAAUAUGUUGAUCAAAAGAGAGAAAAUUUGGAAAAGACCAUACACGAUACCGCCGUACAUGCUCAAGAAUCUGCUGGCAAUCAAGCUGCCAAUCUUAUGGGCAAAUUGAGUUUGGCAAAAAAUUAAAUCAAAAUUAAAUAAUUAACUAAAGUAAACAUAAACAUCAGCAACAACUACAACUAAUUUAAAAAAAAAUAAACACACUAACUCAAUUAUUAAAAAACAAACAAAAAAGAAAAUAGAAAAAAUCAGAAAAGAUUUAACAGCUUCGUUUAGUUAAAAAAAAAAAUCGUGUGCCAGUUUUGUGAUGUUUUUCAAAAAUAAAAAGAAAAUUGUUUUUUAAAAAUUUAUAUCUAUUUACUACACAGUCAACAACGA